AUGACACUCCUCAAUGAUGUUAUGAAAGAGGCCUUAUGCCUCGUCGAAUCUUCUCCAAAAAUUGUGACUGCCACAUACAAAGAUGAAAUCUAUAAAAGAUUUUCCAACCCUCCAGAUGUAGACGAGGAUGAUGUGGACGAAGGUAUUUGGAUGACAGUCAAUCGAAAACUUGACGCGUUGUUUGGUCGAGAUGAUGGUCACAAGCACAUCUUAAAAGGUCCUGAAGGGAUUUCUUUGGUGAUUGACUGGGUCAAUGAAGCACGCAAGCACCCUUCCUGGGAUUCACCAGAAGACAAAGAAAAAAAAUUGCAAAAAAAAGGUGGCUUUGAUUCCGCAUCAGAUCGGUUGGUGAAGCUCAAAUUUGAGCGCAUUUGUAGCAAAGUUAAGGAACUCGAAGGAUCUCUACAAAGUGAAACUCGACCUGCUCAAGCCAUACCAAACCCAUCAAAUGGAAUCAAGCGCCGAAUUGUAUCUAACCCGACCCUCGAUCUCAAUGUUGCAAUUGCUGAGGAGCCUAAGCCUCCACCAAAACGACAGCAAAAAAAAACUAGUGGAUCUACUAUGAUUCUGAUCUCAUCUGACAACGAGGUUAUAUUUGUUGGAAGUAAUCUUAAACAAUCAAAAACAAAAACAAAGCCAAAGAAACAAAACACGAUCAAUCAAUGUCCUCUUUCAAAAGCAGACCAGCCUUGCAUACGUUGUAAGAUUGAAGUCCAUGAAAAGGGCAAGCUUCUCAAAUGUCAUUGUGGCUCAGCGCCAGUAACUUUGCGCAAAGGGCGAAGUGAAGCUGCACAAGUGCACUGGAAAAGUGCUAUGUGUCAGAAUGCAACGGCUCGUUUGAAAACCAACACGCUUUUGAGCGCGUACUUUGUAAAAGACCCUGCUGUUCAACCCGUCAACAAGAACAUCAUCGACACGGUUUGCCUAGGUCUUACAGAUGAAACCUGGGUUCGUCCUCGAGCCACUCAGACAAUUGCACAAUUCUUGGAGAGCACUUGUACAAUCUAUCGUGGUGUUGACCGGCACAGUCUUCGCAAAGAACUCUUUGGACACAAUAUCCGCGAGAACGAUCUCACCUCAUCACAAAAAGCCGAACUUCUUGCAACAAUGGACGCACGUGCAACAUGGGUGGUCAAGAGAAACGGUGAUCGGAAUGCCAUCUACUCGAAAUCUUGCGAAAGUACUUUCAAACGUCUCAAGAACGACCCUAUUCAAACCUGCAAACCAUGCCUUGAUUUGAAAGAAGUCGACAGCGCGAAAGCACUUAGAAGUUGA